AUGCCUGAGCAGGCAGGGGCUCGACACAGCUCUAUCCUCCAUGCCAUGGGCAGUGCCUUGCAUACAGGAGGUGGAUGGCUCAUCCUCUGUGCCAUCGUGCUGCGGCUGGUGGCAGCUUGCCCUCCGUCUUGUGUGGUGUGCACCAAAGACGUAACCCUCUGUCAUCAGCUAACCUACGUCUUAGCAGCACCUGUGACCACAAGGGUUUUAAUCAUCACCGAUGGACACCUCUCCUCUGUAGACAGCACAAAUCUGUCUCUCCUGUUUAACCUUGCCUUGCUCUCCCUGAGCAGAAACGGUAUCAAAGAGGUUGAGGAAGAUACCCUGUAUGGCCUGACUAGGUUGCACACAUUGCUGCUGGGCCACAACCACAUAUCCAGCUCUUCUCUGCCUGAUCACACCUUCAGCAAGCUCCGCCACCUGCAGCUGCUGGUGCUCAGCAGCAACGCUCUGCAAACCUUGCGAGGAGCCUGGUUCCGAAACACCGGGGCCCUGACCCGGCUCCAGUUGGAUGGCAAUCAAAUUACUAAUCUCACAGACAGUUCUUUCGCAGGCACGAAUCUCCACCACCUCAGGCAUCUGGAUUUAUCUAACAAUUUCAUAUCCUACAUUGAGAAAGAUGCUUUCCGGCCCCUGCCUCAACUACAGGAAGUGGACCUUUCUCGAAAUAGGUUGGCCCACAUGCCGGAUGUUUUCACUCCACUGAAGCAGUUAAACCUUCUGAGCUUAGAUAAGAACCAAUGGAGCUGCACUUGUGAUCUGCAUCCCUUGGCCCACUUUUUAAGAAACUACAUCAAGUCUUCUGCUCACACACUGCGAAACACCAUGGACAUAACCUGCCAGCCAUCUACUCUGUCUGGGACCACAAAAAGUGUGCUGACGCUAUCUGAGGCCAACUGUGAUUCGAAGGCCUCCAACCUCACUCUGGUUCUAAAGGACAGACGUCCCCUCCUCCCAGGGCAGGAUGUGGCCCUGCUGACCAUGCUUGGCUUUGCAGGAGCUGUUGGUCUCACUUGCCUAGGGUUAGUUGUAUUUAACUGGAAACUCGGACAAGGCAAAGCAAAUGAACACACAUCAGAAAACCUUUGUUGCAGAACCUUCGAUGAAUCCCUGUGUGCUCAUGAGGCAAGGAAUUACCACACUAAAGGAUACUGUAACUGCCACUUAACUCAGGAAAACGAGAUAAAGGUCAUGUCCACUGGGGGCGCCGGAAAGGAAAUGCCACUUUUACAAGAAAACAGCCAUCAAGCAACACUGGCCUCUGAGUCCACAGCCCCAGAUGCAUCAUUUAGAACCCUGAAAGGAAAAGACCAUGAGGUAGACAGUGCUCUCUCCUGCCUGGAUCGUAGAUUGCUGGAGUCAGUGUGCUCAGAGCCUCCUGGGAAAAAGGCAGCUUGUAAUGAUAUAGGUUCAGUUACAAAAUAUUGUCCAAAAAGUGCUGAAAAACUAAGGAGUCUUAAGCACGGAGGAGACCAAUCUCAAGCCCUGCCACAGCAUAUAAUGAGAACAACGGAUAUCAGCAGUAACACAUUUAGAAGAAGAUAUGCAACACCCACUUCAGCUUUGGCAAGAGAAAAUCUUGAAAAGCAUUUAACAAAUGAAUCAUGGCAGCCUCCAAUAGAAAAAGAAGACAAUGGCUUACAACCUCACAGGCAGAGACAUUUUAUUACAAGCUCAACAGUCAAGCCUCGUGAGGGCAAGGAACACUAUGUACAAAAGAUCUUAUACAAACAUAGAACAAAAUAUGAUGACUCUCAUGGACUGUUAAAAUGGAACGAGACUCGAUAUUUUCAGCCAAACAAUGCCCUUUCCUGUAAAUAUGUGCUCUGUGAUCAACUUCAAGAUUAUAUGAAAGAAAUAAAACUAAAUCACAGCAAACCUUCAAAGUCUGAGGAGGAACAAAUCAAAAUUAAUAGGGCAAUAGAAAAAUUCCUUCAGAAUGAAGAUAAUACAGAUUUUUCAAAGCUAUCAACAAAAAUCAAGAGAGUAUAUUCCCCCCAAAAGGCUAAUUUCUAUGAUCCUGAUUUAGUAGGAAAAAAGAGGUUGGGUACAUCACUGAAAACAUCAACCCACUGGAAACAGCAGGAAUGUCAUGGUAUCCAAUUCAUCAACUUGGAUCUCAAAAAAUUUAGCAAACAUGGGGACAAAAACAAAGGAAAAUGGUUUACUCAUCCACAGAUCCUGAAAAAGAAAAGAAUCAAGCAACCUGAUCUCAAAGGCAAAACUAAACAACAAAAUUUAAGGCUGAAAUUAAAUUUAUACCCUUUUAGGAAAGUCAGGAUCCACCCAGAAAAAUCCUUCCCAGAGAUCCCAAGGAAACAUAACAAAUUAGUACCUCUGAAAAUAUUACCUACAACUUCUGAGAAAAAACCCAAAGUAAACCUUCUGUCUUCUGCAGAUUUCCCUCAACAGCCAGAGAGUAACAGUGUUAAACUCCCUUCAGAAAGGCUGCUUCUCCAACAUCCCACAAGGCAGAUUCCGUUUUACCAAAGGAAUGGUAAAAGUGCCCCUCCCCUCAAGGCUAAGACAUUGUCUGCAGGCAACCAGCGCUCUGAGAAGGACUACUCCUAUCCACCUGGCCUUUUUCCUAACGUAGAUUCACCUACCUUGCCCCAGCCUACACCUGGAGACGCUGAAGACAACCCCUCACACUCUCGGUUCUCACCUGAGUCACAGAAAGGUGCACCGCAGCUUCAAGUAGACGCUCCUCAUUAUUCACCAGAUACUUUGGAAAAUGCAAGGAAUCGCAUUUCCCCAUCUCCACCUGCCAGUGGGAUUGGUGCCCACCAGGCAAGAGGGCCCACUGAGCGCAUGACGCAAAUUGAACCAAAGGCCAGUGAGCUGAACCAUUAUUCUCUGUCCCCAAGAAGCCAAACACAAAUACUAGGUCUCCAUAAGACUGGCACCUACAACGAGGAACACAUUUUAGCUCAAAAUCAAGUUUUACAACAUAAAGAACAAAACUUUGUUCACGAACAACUUGGAAGUCAAACAAAAUCAUUAACGACAAUGCCCAAAAUAUCACAUCCGCUUUUGGACAGUGACAUUAUGGAUCAUGAAGGAAAUAAAGUAGGACCAAAUCUUCCUAACACAGAGACUUAUGAUUCUUUGCUCAUUCCCUGGACACAGUCCAAGAACAACCUACCAUUUAAGAUGACAGAGUCUAUUCCAUACCAAAAUACAGCAGAGCUUCCCAAGGAAAUCAGUACUCCUCUCAGUGGUCAAGCCAUUGGGCAUCUAACCAACAGCAGCACAAAAGGAAUUGACAGAAUAAAUACAAUGCCAAGAUUGGAUGGUCCUGAAGAUCUAGAGACAAAAAUAGUAGAAAGAGAAGAAGAAAAUAUACCCCAUGAAAGCAAGACAAAUUCUAGUAUCUUGAUUUGCACCACACAAAUGACCUCAAAAGGCACCACAAAAGAAAAGCAGGAAACUCAGGAAAAUGGAAGAAGUGUGAAACCUGUAUUAUGUGAUUCAAGUUCUGUUGGGGAGGCCAUUACAGUUAAGGAUUUAAGUACUGCAAGUUCUCAUAAAACCAGAAGUGGAAUACCUUCUAGUGAAAUAGACCCUGACACUAUCAAUAAUAUGUAUGACUUGAAAGAAAUUCAAAAUAUUCAACCAGACAAAGAUAGCAGAGCAUAUAGAGAUGGUGUAAUGAUAGUGGAGACACGUCAAUUAAGAGACAUUCAUUUUAAGGCAGAAAAUGAAGUAUCUAUAAUCCCUAAUAAAAUGAAUGAAGCUGGAAAUUCUCCCCGCAAACCUGUGCUUUACCCACCAUCUUCUGAAUAUGCCAAUGCUUCACCUUUAGAAGCAGAACUGAGUGAACACAAUAACUCAAAAUGA